AUGGCGGAUGGUGGCGCCCAACGCUCCGGUAAAACACGCCAGGCACUCAUGCGCACAACGAAAAACAUGCCCAAACACACAGCAAACCGCAAAAAGUCCAUACUGAAAGGACGCGACCUUUCACACACACACAAACACCAUCACAGUGCCGUCCGUCCGCGGGCGAGAGGAUUUGCUCCUCCACACAACAAACUCACACACCGCCAGCAAUUACCCACAAUGAAAGUGAAGAGACCCACCGCCACCGCCUCCAGCACAGUCCCACGGCCAACGGCAUACAGCCACAGCCCCGCAGCCAACACAAUGCACACCGAGCAAGCAAUCACCCAAAGAGCCGCACGCAAAAGCGAUUCCGCAUCCAUCCAUGACGCGGCGACAACAUUUCCAGCCAUUCCACCCACAAUGGAAUUUGAUGCCCAACCCAAGGAAGUCACAGGUGGUGCAUCACACCCACAGGAAGAAGAGUGA